GGCUUUCUGCGCUCGCGUCCCAGCAGGAGGAUUGCAGUAUGUUUGGCAUGAUCCGGAAUGCCCUUUUUGGCACGACGGAGGUUUGGCCCUGCCGGGUGCUGAGCAAGGGGGAGAAGAAUGACGUAGUCUAUGAAGAAAGGGAGUAUGACGGUGGCAAAUUUGCUACGGUUGAGCUCACUGGAAAGCCGUUUGAUGAGGCGUUACGUGAAGCAGUUCUGAAACUACUUAAAUAUGUUGGCGGAAGCAAUGAACAAGGAGCUGGGAUGGGGAUGACAGCUCCUGUGUGCACCACUGUGUUUCCUGGGGAUGACGGGUCAUUGCAACAGAAAGUGAAAGUCUUGCUACGCAUUCCAAGCCAGUUCCAGGCCAGUCCUCCAUUGCCCAGCGAUGAGAGUAUCCAGAUUGAAGACAGAGAAGGAAUGGCUGUUUAUUCCACGCAUUUUGGAGGCUAUGCCAAGGAAGUGGAUUAUGUGAAUUAUGCGGCCAAGCUGAGUUCUACCUUAGGAAAUGAAGCAACCUACCAUAAAGACCUCUAUUUCUGCAACGGUUAUGAUCCUCCCAUGAAGCCUUAUGGCCGACGCAAUGAGGUUUGGUUGCUGAAAAAAUGACUACCCAGGUGUGGACUGACUCUUUCUUUGGCUCACUGGUGGGUGGGAGCAAAGCUUCCAUGCUAAUGAAUCAAGGCUGUCCCCAUUUCACAAGUCCCCCAUAUGCUCAAAUCAAAAUAAAAAUAACUACCAGAUCAAUAAUAUGAAAACACCACAAGGCUUGCUUAAGAUGUUCUUAUUGCCCCUUUACAUGCAGCCUCUCAGUGUUAGAUCCAUCUCUCCCAAGGCUGCCCAAGGGGAUACUAAGCCAGCUGUACUUACAAGCCAGCAAAACUGACAUCUGGUAACAGAUGGGUAUUUCCUGCAGGCUUUGCCAACCUGUUACAAUUACCUGGAAUAGGAGAGAAUGUCUAUAUUUAGUCCAAGUCAUCCCCACAGGCCACUCUCAAAAAUGGGACCAGAAUAGCUUGGCUGAUGAUGUCAUACCAACAGCACAGUUCACAAAACUGCCUAACACUAAAACCAGAUUUUGAAGGCCAUUCCUUUGAGUUGCAACAUUAACAAACAAAUGUUUAGGACUGGCAGCAGGACAAUGAGUUGGAACUGUGACUUCGGCAAUAUCUACCAUUGCUCACUGUUAUAUGGAAGUGUUGCCCUGAGAAAUUGUGUUGUACAAAAUUGGGGGAGGACUCACAUUCCUAAAGGCAUUUUGGCUACUGUGUGACUCCUUCUGGCCAUUGGAAUUUUGCCCAGGGAAGAAGCAUCUCCUUCUUACUGUUUUAUCAGUUCAAGCCCUAAGUUCAGGGCUUUAUCAGUUCAAUACCUUCACUUUUGUGUGCUAGGGGGCAGUGUGACAGCUUUACUCUGUAAAUUGUGGACUGUACAGCUGGUGUAGUACAGAGAGUGAGUGCAUCACCUCAAGAAAAGGGAGAUGAGAAAAGCAGAAUUUGACAGGUCAUGCCAAAGAACACAUGCAGGCACCAGAGAUGCACCUGGCAGCAAUGCCUGCCGGACAGUCCUUCAGGUGCCAUAAUUCUAGCACAACCAUCACCCCCACAGCACAAUCCAUGCAACAGCUGUGGUUGUUGGGACAAGAAUCUCUGGGCCAAACUAGUAAAGAUGCGGGAGAUCCCUGAAAGGAUUUUCUGACAUUUCUGUGUUUUUUCUCAAAACUGGCUGUGCCCUCCCAUCAUGAUAUGGUUAACCCUUUCCCCUCUGCACCUCAGAGAAAAUGUCCCUGAUCUCAAUCUUCCCCCUCUCAGCCUGUUGUUGUUUGCCUUCCUAGGACAAAACCAGAAAAAAACUGUUUUUAAGGGAAAAUAGAGAUGACAGUAGAUGUUUUUUCCACAUCUUUGGCACUUGUCCAGCAAUUACAGCUGGUGGUUUCAGUGGUGGGAAAUGGUGGUUUCUUGGCAGCUGGAAUAACAUCAUCUGGGAAGAUGAGUGAUGUCUCUGCAGCCUGCCUAAGAAAACCAACAGGCUCUUGAAUGGCUCGAUGUGGCUGCAGUUCUACUUACUUGAUUUUAACUGACAGGCAGCAUAGCAGGGGGAACUUGCCUUGCUUUCCAUGCAUCGGAUUCUGCUGAAUCUGUGUUGAUACAAACUGUUCUCAAAUGGAGAAGAUCAAAGCAUUAAUCUCUGUGGGUCAUGGAGCCAAGUCUCUCUCAUUCAUUCACUCCUCCCCUGCACACCUUCAUUCUUCUCCUGUUCCUCCCUUCUCUGCACCUUUUUUCCUUCCAGGGAUGUGCACAUUCUCCUGGCUCCGUUCCAUCUAUGUUUCUCUGGCCUUUUUAUCAGGCCUAUAGCCAGACCUUUAUAGUGAGGGGCCAUGAAUGCACUGGGGAGGAGAGGCUUGCCAAGUCUCUUUCAUCCCAAACCUGAGACUUAUUGGGUGAUGAAGUCAUUGGCAGGAGUCCAGUGAUGUCACAUUGAAUAGCCAUAUUCAGAGGACUACUUCCAUACAAUGCUGGAUGCAUCCUGUGUGGUAUCUCUGUGCAAUCACAAUCAAGAGGUGGGUUAUUUAGCGUAAAAUGUAAUAACUUGGAAAUUACGUAUCUCCUAUUUACAUGUGCAGUAGUUAUAAGCAGGCCUGCACAAAAGUCUUAAAAGAAACCAUAGAUUUGCAAUAUGGCACACGAUCAGCUUUCCAGGAAAAGUGAUCUGCUUAUGACUGGACUUUGAGUCCUUUGUUGAUUUAAUCAGUGCACCUACGUUAUUGUCUCAAGAGAUACUGCAAGGCAUAAAACUGGGGGUUACUCUUCAAAACUGCUGGGAACACUGAGUGGCAAUUAAUCCAUGUUUUAAAAUGCCUUUUAAAGCAACAUUACACCCUUGUAAGCCACUGAUUUAGGCAUUCAUUUAUCCGCUCCUGCCACCCCUCCCAUGAUCUACUCCUGAGGCAAGUAUCCUAUUGCAGAACAGAGCAGAUGAGAAUGAAUUUGAUUAGGGAGGGAUUCACUGUCUCAACUACAGUCAUCUUGGACCUUCUCAUCUCCUGUUCUUUCCCUCUGACAAAAGAUGCUUUAACAUUUUCCCCUUGUAUCUCCACAGUGAUAAAUGUUUGCAUAUGAAUCUGAAAACGUAUUCCCCUUCCCUGUUCCAGUUGACAUUUCACACACAUUUGGCUAAAUGAACAUAGCAGUCAUACACUGAUCCUCCAGGUGGUGCAUGGAGGUGGGGGGGUGGGCUUGAGGGAUGGGGGAGAUGAGAGGCAUGAAGAGAUUGGUGCUGCAGCACAGCCUUUGGCUUCUGUUUGUUCUGGCAUUGGAUCUGGUGAGAGGUGAAGCUUGUUAUGUAAAUAAAUACAGCAGAAGCAAUCAUUUUGUAAGUGGUGAAAUGAGGGGAGAACAAAGUGCAGUGGUUUCAUGCUGAUAAACAGAUGGAUAAUAUUUGUCAGAAAAAUUCAGUGGUAAAGAAUUUUGUGAGCUGCCCUGUUUUUCUCCUGCCUUCAUGCUUUUUGUUCUUCUGCCCAUUCAUAUCCAUAUUCUCUUCAUUAUGUCUCUGACUCUCCCCACUCUUCUUCCUUUCCCCUCUCUUAUUGCUGUCUGUCACUCAGCUGGUCUGAGUGGUUUUCCUCUACUCCAUCUUCUGUCUCCCUACCCCCACCCCAACUUUUUAAACAAACACAAUCAACCUGGUCUUUUCCCUCACAUAGAACCAAUCCCCAGAAGGCCCCAGAUUAAGGAAGAGCCUAGAUCAGUCCUGCAAAUAGCACUCACGUUGAGCCAAGGCCCCUCUUGGACUGGGACUUUGACCUCUUCCCCCAGGCGUCUGUGGUCUGGAAAACUCCUGGGAUUUGUCUCAUUGAUAACUGGGUCCUAAUUUCCUAUGUGAGCCUGAAAAUGGUUUGGGGUAUUAUAAGGGUGCUAAAGGACU